GGCAAAGCAGCAUUCCCUGACCCCAAGGGCAUCUGGAUGCGAGUCAUUCCUUCUGGGUGUGUUGCUGCCUGAAGACCAAGACCUUCCUCGGCCCUGUGAAGACCCGGGACAAGCAUCAACCAUGCGAAUCCUGUUCCUGCUCUUCUCCCUCUUCCUUCUGUUGGUCCUGGGUGCUGCAGAAAAUACAGACCAAUGCAUAAAACGAAAGGGAUUCUGCGUUUUUGGGGGCUGCCGUUUCCCCUAUAAAUAUGUGGGAAGUUGUACAAGAUUCUCGCACUGCUGCAAAAUGUAA